CCGCCUGAGCUCUAUAACUCGGUCGUCCCUUUUUCCGGUCAUCCUUCGCCGUUGGAUUCUGUUGCUUCUAAUCUUCUCCGGAGAUCUCCAAUCACAUCCGCAGAUUCGAAAGAAUUGUUCUUUUCUUCUUCUAAUAUUCCGCCGUGAAAUAUAAUUCAUAAUCUCGGAAGCAGACCGAGAGUGAUCUUGGCCAGUUAUCAUCAAUUCGCUCUGCCAAUCUGCAGAAAUGGCUGUUGUUGCUUCUGCUCCUGGGAAGGUGUUGAUGACAGGGGGUUACCUCGUACUGGAGAGGCCAAAUGCUGGGCUUGUAUUGAGUACAAAUGCACGGUUCUACGCCAUUGUGAAGCCACUCUAUGAAGAGGUCAAGCCUGAAAGUUGGGCAUGGUCGUGGACAGAUGUCAAAUUAACAUCGCCACAACUCUCGAGAGAAAGCAUGUAUAAACUGUCACUUAAACAUUUGGCUCUUCAAUGUGCGUCUGCAAGUGAUUCAAGAAACCCCUUUGUAGAGCAUGCUGUGCAGUAUGCUGUAGCUGCUGCUCAUGUAGCAAGUGACAAAAGCAAGAGAGAAAUGCUCCACAAUCUCCUCUUGCAAGGUCUUGAUAUCACAAUCUUAGGCUGCAAUGACUUUUACUCAUAUCGGAGUCAGAUUGAGUCAUGGGGCCUUCCUUUGACAUCAGAAUCUUUGGCCACCCUCUCGCCUUUUGCAUCAAUCACAUUCAAUGCUGAAGAAUCAAAUGGUGCUAAUUGCAAGCCUGAAGUAGCGAAAACUGGCUUAGGUUCUUCUGCAGCUAUGACAACAGCUGUUGUUGCUGCACUGUUACACUACCUUGGAGUGGCUGACUUGUCUGAUCCCUGCAAAGAAGGAAACUUGGCAUGUUCUGGUUUAGACGUUAUCCAUAUGAUAGCGCAAACUGCUCACUGUCUUGCACAAGGAAAAGUUGGAAGUGGUUUUGAUGUCAGCUGUGCUGUCUAUGGGAGUCAGCGUUAUGUUCGCUUCUCUCCAGACGUGUUAUCAUUUGCUCAGGUUGCAGUAAAUGGUCUGCCAUUACCUGAAGUCAUCGGCGGCAUUUUAAAAGGGAAAUGGGACCACGAGAGAUCUGAGUUCUCUUUGCCACCACUGAUGAAUCUUUUCCUUGGGGAACCUGGAAGUGGUGGAUCCUCCACGCCAUCGUUGGUGGGUGCUGUGAAAAAGUGGCAAAUGGCUGAACCAGAGAAAUCCCGGGAAAAUUGGAAAAAUUUGUCUGAUGCAAAUUUGGAGCUUGAAACUAAGCUAAACAUGCUGACCAAAUUAGCCAAAAACCAUUGGGAUGCUUAUAUCGGCAUCAUUAAGUCGUGCAGUGUGCUAACUUCGGAGAAGUGGAUGCAACAUGCUACUGAACCAAUCAAAGAGACGAUUAUCAGAGAGUUGUUAGAGGCGAGAGAUGCUAUGUUGAUGAUCAGACAUCUUAUGCGGAAGAUGGGUGAGGCUGCUGGUGUUCCUAUAGAGCCUGAAUCACAAACUCAACUUUUGGAUUCUACAAUGAGUGGUGAAGGAGUUCUGCUAGCUGGUGUUCCUGGUGCUGGUGGAUUUGAUGCCAUAUUUGCAGUCACUUUAGGUGAUUCUGGCAGCACACUGACCAAGGCAUGGAGUUCACAGAAUGUUCUUGCCUUGUUGGUGAGAGAAGAUCCGCAUGGCGUUUGCUUGGAAAGUGGCGAUCCACGUACAUCUGGUAUCACAUCAGGUGUUUUAUCCGUUCAUCUUGGGUACAUGGAUCUCCGAAAACCGAAUUUGGCAUAAUCCAUGCUGUCCUCCCUGCCUGAGAGAGCAGAGGUGGCCAAAAGGCUGCUCUUGGAGAAAGGAGAAGACCAGAACAAACCCAGCUUGAAAAAUCUGGCAUGAACCUGCUUGAACUAAGAGGUACAAACAUUCUUGCCCGUUUGUCCUUCAAUUGAAUUCUGGGUUCUGAAUGAUAUCAUAUUUCUGCAACAAUGGAGCCUGUAGGAUUAGUGCUUCGAUCAUCCUCUCAUCCCACCAUUACUGACCUACCUUGUUUUUCUUGUCAUGAACCAAACAAGGCACAACCCAACAGCUGAAGCUCAAGAGAAACCAAUCAUGCCCUAUAGGGUGUUGAGUGUCGGAAUUCAGAUUCAGUGACAAGAGUACCCGUCACUAGAACUGAGUUCCGAUCUUCAGUUUUGGUAGGGGAAUGGGAUUGGGUAGGCAUGAAAGAUCAAGAAAUGCAUAGGGAAUUGGGUAAAGAUGGAAAUUUUUUUGCCCAGAAUUGAAGACUGGGGUUGAAAGUUAGAAACUUUGAGAAUCUCAUGGACGAGAUUUUUCCAGGGAAAGAAUAUGAUGACCCCACCCACCACGACCACAAGUAUUAAAUUUGGGAUAUUUUGAUUAUAGCUUUUGCUGAGAAAUGGUUUUG